ACAACUUCCGGCAUUUUCAGCCGCCACACUUCACACAGAAAUAAUAAUGUCAGAUAGUGAAGAAGAAGGUAGUGUGUAUUCAGGCUCUGCUCCAGGUAGUCCUGCUGGUAGUGGUAGUCCUCCUGGGAGUCCUGCCGGAAGUGAAAGUGGUCCAGGGAGUCCAGCAGGAAGUGGAGCAGAAGAAUUAAGUGGAGCAGAGGAAGAUUUACCUCAGAAGAGAGUAAGAAAACAACGAGUGGUCAGUGAUGAUGAAGAGGAUGAGGAUGAAUAUGAUUCUGAAGAAGAUGAGGAUUAUGCAGUAGAUCGUCAUGCUAGUAAAAGAAAAAAGAAAAAGCCUAGAGCUGGUGGUUUCAUCAUUGAAGAAGCUGAUGUUGAUGAUGAGGGUGACGAAGAUGAUGAUGAGGAAUGGGAAGAUGGUGUGGAUCAAACAAUGAUCGACAGACAAUCCACAUAUGGACCAUCAGCUAGAGAAAUUGAUGAAAAUCGUAGAUAUGAACAAAUGAUCAGUACUCAGCGAGAGGAUGAGAUUGAGGAAUAUUACAGACAAAAGUAUGGUGAGGGUUCAGCUAGCGCUAGAUAUGGAGAAGGAGAAGAAAUGUCUGAUGAAAUUACGCAGCAAGGAUUGUUACCUGGUGUCAAAGAUCCUAAUUUAUGGUUAGUAAAAUGUAGAAUUGGUGAAGAAAGAACUACAGCCAUACAAGUUAUGAGAAAGUAUAUUGCUUAUCAGUUUGAAGAUGAGCCACUUCAGAUAAAGGCUGUGAUAUCAAAGGAGAGUUUGAAAGGUUAUAUCUAUGUUGAGGCUUACAAACAGACCCAUGUUAAACAAGCUAUCGAAGGAAUUGGUAAUCUUAGGAUGGGAAUUUGGGCACAGCAGAUGGUUCCCAUCAAAGAAAUGACAGAUGUUAUGAAGAUUGUUAAAGAGUCAGCGCAACUUAAACCAAGGUCAUGGGUCAGAUUGAAAAGAGGUGUGUUCAAAGAUGACUUAGGUCAGGUUGACUUUGUAGAGCCAGCACAGAAUUACGUUCAUCUGAAACUGAUACCCAGGAUAGACUACACAAAACCAAGAGGAUUUGCUAAAACUAAAGAUAAUCAAGCUGAGAAAAGAAAAAAGAAGAGAAGACCAGCACAAAAACUGUUUGAUCCUGAUGCUAUCAGGGGUAUUGGAGGGGAGAUAACUCAAGAUGGAGACUUUCUGGUGUUUGAAAAUAACAGAUACAGCAGAAAAGGAUUCCUCUUCAAAAACUUUAUUAUGUCUGCAAUCAUUGCAGAGGGUGUGAAGCCAACACUUGCUGAACUAGAAAAGUUUGAGGACCAACCUGAUGGUGUUGAUGUAGAAUUGAUACAAGAAAAGCCAGCAGGGGAGGUAACCCAUAAUUUCAUACCUGGUGAUGUAGUGGAAGUGAGUGAAGGUGAAUUGGUCCACCUACAGGGAAAGAUCAUCAGUAUUGAUGGUAAUAAGAUUACUAUGUUACCAAAACAUGAAGAUCUGAAGGAUCCACUAGAGUUCCAGGCUAGUGAACUGAAGAAACAUUUUAAGAUGGGUGAUCAUGUCAAAGUAAUACAAGGACGAUUUGAAGGAGACACAGGAUUAAUCGUCAGAGUAGAGGAUAAUAUGGUUGUCUUGUUUUCAGAUCUGACCAUGCAUGAGCUGAAGGUAUUACCUAAAGAUUUACAGCUUUGUGCUGACAUGGCAACUGGUGUUGAUUCUUUAGGACAGUUCCAGUUUGGUGAUUUAGUCAUGCUCGAUCCACAGACAGUUGGUUGUAUUGUAAGAUUGGAGAAAGAGAAUUUCCAGGUUCUAAACAUGCACAAUAAGGUGGUCAAUGUUAAGCCAGCUUCUAUAACACGUAAGAAGGACACAAAGCAUGCUGUAGCCCUCGAUUCAGAGAACAACAAUGUACAAGUCAAAGAUAUAGUUAAAGUUAUUGAUGGACCACAUUCAGGUAGAUCAGGAGAAAUUAAACAUUUAUAUAGAAGCUUCGCUUUUCUGCUGUCAAGGAUGAUGACAGAAAAUGGAGGCUAUUUUGUCUGUAGGACAAGACAUCUUGUUUUGGCAGGUGGUUCCAAGACAAACACAUCAGGAUUAAGUGUUACAGGAUUCUCGCCAAUGUCACCCCGUUUAUCCAGUCCUGCCCACCCAGACAGUGGUGGAGGUGGUGCCCCAAGUAUGGGUAGAGGAGGUGGAGGAGGAGCAGGCAGAGGUGGUUUGACAAAGAGGGACAAAGAACUGAUAGGACAGACCGUUAGAAUUAUACAGGGACCAUUCAAAGGUUAUAUUGGUAUUGUUAAGGAUGCCACAGAGUCCACAGCUAGAGUGGAGCUACAUUCCAGUUGUAAAACAAUAUCUGUGGAUAAAAAUCGUCUGGCAUCACUCACAGGAGGCAGACCAAAAGAUGGUUCCACGUCUGCAUAUGGCAGGACACCUGUGUAUGGUGGACAGACACCAAUGUAUGGAUCUCGUACUCCCAUGUAUGGCUCACAGACACCAUUACACGAUGGAUCACGCACACCUCAUUAUGGUAGUCAGACACCAUCUCAUGAACCAGGAAAUCGUACUCCAGGACAAAGUGCUUGGGAUCCAGCUAACCCCAACACACCAGCCAGAGUGAAUGAUUUUGACUACAAUUUUGAAUCACCGUCACCUGGGAAUUACGACACACCUAACCCGGCCACUCCAGGUUACCCAGCUGACACACCCAGUCCAAUAGGAGGACCCUUUACACCACAGACACCAGGAACAAGUUAUUCUCCCUAUGGUGGACAGUCAUCAGCCUCUCCUGGAAGCUACCAUUCACCUAGUCCUGCUGGUGGAGGUUUUGGUGGUAGUUCACCUAGUCCAUUAGGGUACCAGACAUCACCAUCCCCAGGCUUCAAUGCAGGAACCCCCUCACCAAUGGGGUACAGUCCUAUGACACCAGGUGCACCUUAUACACCACAGACACCUGGAAUGUUUAUGGAUCAUGGUAUGUCAGACUGGCACACCACCGAGAUAGAAGUUAAGAUCAAGGAAACGCACGAUGAUACAAAUCUUAUAUUCCAGAAAGGACAAAUCAGAAGUGUUUCGGGAGGGAUGUGUUCAGUAUAUGUGACAGAGCAGGAUAAAGUCAUUAAUAUAGCAUCAGAACAUUUAGAGCCAAUACCACCAGAAGUUGGAGAUAAGGCUAAAGUGAUAACUGGGGACGAGAGAGAAACAGUAGGAACUUUGCUCAGCAUUGACAGUGGAGAAGGUGUACUGAAAACAGAGGACUCACAGAUCAAAAUGUUACCCUUACGAUAUCUAUGUAAAGCUUCUGGUCAUUGAGGAUCAUUACCGUAACAAUAUAUGUGUAAAGCUUCUGGUCAUUGAGGAACACAGGAAUUAUGUACAGUGAAAUAACAUAAAUUAUUCAUAUGAAUAUUUGUAAUAUAAGGAAUUACUGAAGUUUAAAGAUUUUAAUGUGGUUUACAUUUAACCAUUUGAACAUCUGACUCUGCUCCUGUAUGUGCUAAGUAUUAGAUAAGCAAGUAUUAUUUCCUUGGACAGAAAGAUUAUUAGUAAACAUACUGUAAUAAAUAUUUCACAUUAGAAAUUCAGUUUGUAAAACGCCAUCCUUGAAGGUCAUUAAAAUGAUGUCAUAAUCAUUUACUUGAAUUGCAUGUUUUGGGGGAUAGAAAUCAUCAUAUAUACAACACAAUUGACAAUAAUGUGUAAAAGAAAAUGUUUUGGUAUGGUUUUUACAGGUCUGUACUAUGCUAUCUCAUUUCACUUUUUUUAUGGCAGCAGUUAUAUCUGAUGUGUUGACACAGAGAAGGGUCAAGUUUCAGCAGAAGGUGAACUAUAUAAAGCUAUUUACUUACAUCUUUUUU